AUGGAUGAGGCGAUGGGCCGGAGGCCAAGCAUUACGCCCCCGGUGACCAUCGACUCAUCCAGCCAGGAUGUGGUGGUGGCCUCUCCUCCCUCACCCAGGGAACCCCAGACUGAGGGAGAAACCCCCUCAAAGAGAAGGAGGGAGCCAGAGUGGGUCCAGAUUUUGAAGCAGUGCAGGGAUGGCAGCACCAGGAGCAGAAACCUCUGCUGCCAGUCUGUUCCUCAAAUGGUGUGGUCCUCACGCUGGUUUGGCUGGUCCUCCACCUCGUCCUCGCCAUGGACAGCCCCCUCCUCCUCAUCCACAUCUGACUCCACCAAAUCCCCAUUUGUUAUUGAGAGGUUGUGGAGGAAGGCACACGUGGACACCACCUCUGGCACGAAUGUGGACUUCACCUACAGGAAAAGAGAGAGCCUUGAGGAAGAUGCUGCGCCACCGGGUCUUCAUCAUUCCGAUAGCCCUCUCCACCACACAUCUGGCCUUGGAAUGAUGCCGGUUAUAUCGCCCCUGGACUGGGCCCCGCACCGGCUCCCUGUAUGGGGUCAUGAGGCUGAUGGGUGCCGCCAGGCAUGGAUAUCCUCCAUCUCCAAUGAGGCACCAGCCAGGAGGCGGGUAGAGCUCCUCUACAUAAAUGGAGCUCCAACGCAGGACCCGAGCAUCAUGGACCGAACCAGGUGGCUUGAUUCGUAUGUGGGUCCCAUCAAUGCUGCCGGCCACUCUACGGAAGUCACGGGAGCCAGCCAGCCGGGCAAAGCCUUCCCCGAUCCCCUCCAGCUCAUCUGCGGCAGGGAAAUGGACCACCCUUUUAAAGAUGGCCAUGAUGCUGCCCGCGACCCGAUGGACAACAUCAUGGACCGUGGUGAUGGGGACGUCAAAGGCCUCGGACACCACACGAUACGAAGUGGCACUGGCCAGCCAAUAUAAAUAAAGGGCAACCUCCAGGUCUUUCCCCCAGCCAUGGUCCUUGGCGUACCCCAGACACUCCACCAAGGCAUUUAUGGUCUGCCUUGAAAGCCGAAAGUCUUUUUUUAAAUCUCCCUCUCCCAGGUAGAGGCGGACUACAGGGGUGUGGGCAUUCAACCGUAAAUACUGCCCUCGAAGCGCACCCUGUAGGAGUAGAGUAGGAGGAGAAGAUAUUUUUAGACAAUUCUAAGUUUUUAUUGUUUGUGUGUACUGAAAAUCUGUCUAUAUAUAGUUAUAUAAAAAUGUAAAUAAAAUGAAUAUAAUGAUUUUUCGAUUCUCUACUA